AUGAAUAAAAGCGUGUCACUUAUCAAUGCAGUUUCCUCAUCAGCUGUUCAAUUUACUGAAAUCGAUUAUGUCAUAAUAAUUUCUUUAAUGGUCAUUUCAUUGGCGAUCGGAGUAUCUAUUGCAUUUUUCCAUAAUGGUGGGCGAACAACGGAUGAUUUUAUGUUCGGUAGUUUCAAAAUGAAGAGCAUACCGGUUGCACUCUCGUUGCUGUCCAGUCAAUUGACACCUUUAGUGGUUUUAACAAUGCCAGUCGAAAUAUACUCGUACGGUUGGCAAUACACGCUGUUCAUACCUGCACUAUUUCUUGUAAUGCUAGCACUGUGCUAUAUUUUUCUGCCGAUACUAUACAACAAUAAAUUGGACAAUUGCUAUACGUAUCUGGAUGUACGAUUUGGUCCAUUAGCGAGAAAUAUAAAUAUUGUGGCUUUUACACUAAAUAAUCUGUUGUAUCUACCUGUGAUAAUGUACAUUCCAUCUCUGGCCUUUGCCGAACUAAGUCAUUUCGAUGUGCAUGUGGUUAAUGCAAUUGUUUGUUACGUUUGCAUCGUGUACACGGCUCUGGGUGGGCUCAAGGCGAUAAUAUCGAUAGGGCUGAUCCAUGCCCUAAUAUUGGUAGCAUCAAUUGUUGCAAUUGCAUUGCUUGGAGUUUAUCAUGUGGGGCUGGCAGAAAUUUGGACUCGAUCGGUAGUUGGUGGUCGAAUUGUUCCACCUGAUCUCUCAGUGAAUUUGACGACUCGAACAACGCUUUGGAAUUUAACAGUUAACACAUUUUUGGUUUGGGUCGCUCAUGUCGCAUUCAGUCAAAAUAUGAUUCAACGAAUUGUUUCGUUGCCUUCACUUCAAGAUGCAAAACGAACAGUUGUGAUAUUCUUCGUUGCUGUAGCAGUAAUUCUCUUCAUAAAUUGUGGCAUUGGCUUGACUAUGUAUGCAUAUUACUAUGAAUGUGACCCAGUUAAGAGCCAUAUUUUGCCAAAUUAUGACAUAUUGUUGCCGCAUUUUGUUCAAAGCAUUGCUAGCGAAAUUUCCGGGAUGUCUGGCCUAUUUGUCGCUGCAUUAUUUUGUGCAUCGCUCAGUAUCGUCUCUCCUAUGCUGCAUUCAUUGUCUGGAAUUUUGUACAAAGAUGUUAUUCGACCAUUAAAACUAUUUCCCGACAACGAUGCCAAUGCUAAUCUCGUAAUGCGCCUCAUCAUUUUUGUCGUCGGCACAUAUUGUGCGUUGAGCAGUACUAUGGUAGAACAAUUUCAUUCCACUUUUCAAAUUUUAAAUGCCAUCACUGGUAUGACGACUGGUGCAAAAAUCGGUGUAUUUACAAUGGGUUUAUUUUGGCCAUGGACCAAUAUUAAUGGUUUGUUAACCGGAACGGUGUUCAGUAUGUGUGUGGUGUUUUCCUUGAUCGCAAAUGCACAGUAUCACAUUGCAACGGGAGCUUUGCGUCACAGCACAAUGCCAACAUCAAUCGACGGGUGCCGUAAUGUAAACCUUACAUUAGUUCAAGCAUCCCCUGAAGCGAUUCUUUUCAGUGAUGCCGAUGAAGAAUUCGCUAUCCAUGACAUUUCGUUCCAUUGGUACACGCUGAUUGGAGUGAUUUGCGUCUGGUUACCGGGUGUAUCGAUAUCAUAUUUUACUGGCGGUCGAGAUCUUAGCAAUUUCAAUUUUCAGCUCGUUUCGUCAUGGAUACACCCGUUUGUACCGAAGAAUUUGUUACACACAAAACUAAGGGUGAUUAGUGUUAUCAACGAUGAUGAAAAAAAUGAACCAUUGAUUGAGUGCAAACACAAAAUUUUGAUCAAAUGAUGAGAAACGAAAAAAAUUAUGCAGAAAAGAAAAUUGUGAAAAAUUUAUGGAAGAUUAGACCAACAAAGAAGCCUAACUGUAAUAAACAUAUUGUCCGUACCCUUGCUGUUUAUCGCCGGUUGACAACCGGCACAACCAUAGCAUUAUGAUAUGACUUUGGGUGCGAUAAAUUGUUGUUAUUUUAUACUGUGUGUAGCACACAUUUGUACAAAUCUAUGUACAUUUUGCUAGAGUGUAGUGAUUUUUGGGUUAAAAUAAGUAGGCUAAAAAAUAUAAAAAUAUUUUUGGAAUAAAGUUCAGUUAUGGAACGAUAUUUGAUUGAAUCACAUAGGAGAAGUGAAGCAUUGUAGCUAUAAUAAUAAUACAGAUUAUAUCAUAUUAACGCUUACGCUAUUCUAUUAUGAUUAUUGCUCAUAUUUGCUUCGUUCAUUCUUCAUUAAUCAGAAAAGUAAGCACCGAACCUAUCUGAUUCAUUUCGAUAAAAUAUGUUUGUUCAGAUAAAAAUGGAACAAAAUUUCGGUCAAUAUUUUUCGAUAUGAACUUCUGAAGUGGCAAUAAUAACGUAUCAACUCAUCGCAGAGAAGAAGAAAAACUAAUCAUGAUCAAAUAAUAUGUCAAUCAAGUGAGGAAUUCACUUAAUUUCAGCAUGGGAUCAUUUUCUCGUAUGUCUUCCUCCAUAAUAGCCGAAACGGACUAUCGAAAAGCAUUCCAUAAUAAUUCAAUGAAUAAAUAUGAACUGCGCAAAUAUUGUUUACAUUGGAUAGAUGGUAUGGUUUGGCCAAUCAUAUAAUACGGAAUCAUUUGCCAGUGGUCAUUUACAGAGAUGAGUUAUUAUAAUUUAUUGAGAUUGACUGUUCAGAUAAAUCAAAUUAGUUGUUGAUAGAGCGAAGCGUAUCGUUCUCUGCACAGCACAGCACAGCAGAGAUCCAAUAUCACUUCCCGACACUUUCCGACUAAAAGAUAUGAUCCAAAGAAUUUUUGCUACGAGAAUAUUAUACAGUAUACUAUCAAGAAUGUUCGGAGCUCUUCUACUCUGCUGUCGUUGAAUUUUGAUUGCGACCAUUAUUCACGAGAAAUUAAUAUUUUAUGAUGGGUGUUCAAAUAAAUCCAAGCAACUGGAAACUGUUUUUAAAAAUUUGAUUUCGGAAAAUUUAUCAAAUUUGAAAUAUGUUGGGCCAACGACGUUAUUGGCACGUAUUAAUUCCAGCAAUGUUCUCUUUCGACAAAUGAUCCCAAUAUACUACAUCGAAUUAAAAAAAAAAAGACGAAGAAGUAAUAGUAUCGAUGCCGAAAUAGUAGCAACACUUUCAUCCAUCACGAAGUUGUCACACGUACCAAAGUUUCUAUGAACUAUAUUAGAUAUUUCGGUAUGUUUGCUAUGCACGUGCAUGUAUUCGAACACAUGAAACACUCACAAACUUUUCGUCGGCCAAGAAAAGUAUGGGUAGUAUAUUGAGUAGUAGUUUGAGACAUGGCUCCACCGUUGACGUCGACUUCUGUCGAACAAAACUUGGAGAUACGAUUCAUUUUUGUUCGACUAUUUUAUGUAACCGUUCCGAAUUUGUUCACAUUUUCCUUUUGAUUCGUUUUUUGCUCCCAUUGCCUUGUUUGUCACAUAAAACAUUUUUUUCCCCUUUUGUGGUGUUUGUUUCUUCAGCGAGAAUAGUUAACUUUCUUUGGAGUUUUGUGUACCGUCGUCGUUGUCGUCGUCCUCUCGGUGCUUCAGUUAUAAAUACAUAUUUCUCCUCGGAGAAUUAUCAACUUGUGCACUACAGAGCGGCAGCAGCAAUGACAGAAAAAGGGAUAAUAUAUUUUAUGUGCAUUGACAAAACAAAAGCAAGAAAUAUUUACAAGUUUGGUGUGGCGUGUUGUUGUUUUUUGUGUUGUCAGUUCGCAUCAAAAGCAGUAACAAUAAAGCUGUUGAAAGUUGCCACUAUGAGUGGGAUACACACUGAAAACUUUACUCAUGCUCCCAACC